AUGGUUCCAGAUGACGAACGCACCUUGAGACCCGGCGAGGUUCAGGUCGUGAUUCUUAGCUUCUGCCCAGCAUCUGAAGCGCAAGUGGAAGCGCUUCUGGAUGCUGCAAGACACGGCCUGACAUCGGAAGUGGAGACUAUUCUACAGAGGCCGCAAGACCCAGACAGUCCGGCCCCGCUGUUCGAGCAUGACUACGGCCAGUAUGGUGGCCACACACCUUUGUACGUUGCAGCUCAGACGGGGCAGGUGGCGGUUGCACGUCUUUUGCUGGAGGCCAAAGCGGACACGGACAAGGCCGUGUGCGGCUUCACCCCUCUGUUCUUUGCAGCUCAGAAUGGGCGUUUGGAGUUUGUACGCCUUCUGUUGGAGGCCAAUGCUGACAAGGACAAGGCCCAAAACCAGGGUGCCACACCGUUGUAUAUUGCAGCCGAGAAAGGGCAGUUGAAGGUUGUACGCCUUUUGUUGGAUGCCAAAGCGGACAAGGACAGAGCCACGCACGGUGGCACCACGCCUCUGUUCAUUGCAGCUCUGCGUGGCCAGCAUGAGGUUGCACGCGUAUUGCUGGAGGCCAAAGCGGACAAGGACAAGACCAAGUAUGGCACCUCCCCUCUUUACAUUGCAGUUGAGACAAGGCAUCUGGAGGUUGCACAUGUUUUGCUGGAAGCCAAAGCGGACCAGAACGAGGCCAACUGUCAGGGCGCCACCCCUUUGUUUUCUGCGGCUCAGCAAGGUCAGCAUGAGGUUGCACGCCUGUUGCUGGAGGCCAAAGCGGACAAGGACAAGUCCAUGCACGAUGGUACCACGCCUUUGUUCAUUGCAGCUCAGAAUGGGCAGUUGGAGGUGGCACGCCUUUUGCUGGAGGCCAAUGCGGACAAGGACAAGGCCACAAAGAAAGGUGUCACACCACUGUACAUUGCAGCUGAGAAGGGGCAGCUUGAGGUAGCACACACUUUGUUGGAAGCCAAAGCGGACAAGGACAAGGCCAAAUUGAACGGCGCCACCCCUUUGCUUGUUGCGGCUCAGCAUGGCCAGCAUAAGGUUGCACGCAUUUUGCUGGAGGCUAAAGCGGACAAGGACGACGCCAUGCUUGGCUUUACCCCUCUGUUCGUUGCAUCUCAGAAUGGGCACUUGCAGGUUGCACGCCUUUUGUUGGAGGCCAAAGCGGACAAGGACAAGGGCAAACAGAAUGGCAGCACCCCUUUGUUUGCUGCAGCUCAAUAUAGGCAGUUUGAGGUUGCAUGCCUUCUGUUGGAGGCCAAAGCGGACAAGGACAAGGCCAAUGAGAAUGGUGCCACGCCGUUGCACAUUGCAGUUGAGAAGGGACAGCCACAGUGGGAGGUUGUUCGUCUUUUGCUGGCAGCCAAAGCGGACAAGGCCAAAGCCGACCAGGACAAGGCCACAAAGAACGGCGCCACCCCGUUGUUUGUUGCAGCUCAAUAUAGGCAGUUUGAGGUUGCAUGCCUUCUGCUGGAGGCCAAAGCGGACAAGGACAAGGCCAAUGAGAAUGGUGCCACGCCGCUGCAUGCGGCAAUCGAGAAGGGGCAGCGGGAGGUUGCGCGCCUUUUGCUGGAGGCCAAAGCGGACAAGGCCAAAGCGGACAAGGACAAAGCCUUGCCCGAUGGCACCACGCCUGUGUUCGUUGCAGCUGAGAAUGGGCUGGUGGCGGUUGCACGGCUUUUGGUGGAGUCUAGACAAGACCGUCAUUCAUGA